AAACGGAGGAUGUCUUCCGGGGAUCCUCCAUCUGGGCUUCAAGCCAGCGGUAGCAACAGUUCUGCUGCCCUGGGCCUGAGUCCCCCUUCCGCGCCCUCUGGCAAGAGCGCCGCAACUCCUCCGAAGGUUGCUACAGAUGAUGCUUCCGUUGAGCUCAGUAGCAUGAAAUCGGAGCGCAGUCCGGCCAAGUCCAUUCCGUUGGGUGAAGAUAUAAUGCAGGUAGCUCGAAUUGGGGAGGUUUCGGUUAUGCAGAAGCUGUUUGACGAGAAAAAGUUCACUGCGAACUACUCCGACGAAGAAGGGAUUACUCCGUUACAUUGGGCUGCGAUUAACAACCAAUAUGCGAUGUGCAAGUUCCUUAUAGACUCUGGAGCUGAUGUGAACGCGAAAGGAGGAGAGUCAGUUGCGACACCCGCGAUGUGGGCAGCUCAGCGGUGCCACUAUUAUAUCGUGCAUCUGCUACUCCAAUACGGCGCCGACCCUCUUCUUACUGAUGUCCAAGGCUACAAUAUUCUCCAUCUCGCGACGAUCGACGGGAACGCAUUUCUGCUUGUCUUGCUCCUUCACCAAGAGAUACCGGUAGACGUGGUUGAUCAACAGGGACAUACGGGGCUGAUGUGGGCGGCUUAUAAGGGAUAUCCGGCGUGCGUUGACCUGUUUCUACGUUGGGGCGCGAACCCGAACGCAGUGGAUGAUGGCGGAUUAGCGCCCCUUCACUGGGCUCUUGUCAAAGGAUCAUUGCCGUGUGUCCUAAAAAUCCUCGAGUAUGGUGCGGAUCGCUUCGCGACAACGACUGACGGGAAAACGCCGGCUCUCGUUGCGCAGGAGAUGAACACGAGGCAUGUUUGGUACCGUGCUCUGAGCGAGUGUGGCUAUGAUGCGGAUGGGAACAGAAAGGUCCUUCCUAUGGGCUUGGGCCCGUAUGUGCGGGACAAAGCCAUUAUGUCCAAAUUCUUCUUUUUUUGGCCAUUCCUCCUUCUUUUUGUGGUUCUGUGGAUUCUCAGCAACAUGGUCGUAUAUUUCGCAAUUCCUGUCGCCGCAGUGGCAGUGUUCGGACUACAGUGGGUAGCCAAGAAGGCUGCCAGUCAAGGCCCUUCAGAAUUCAGAAUCAUACAGAAAACGCCGUUUCUGGCUGGUGUUUUUGCCGGCUCAUUGUUUUGGGUGUUCGUCAGAUAUGUGCUUUAUGUGUUGCCAGCGACAUAUUCCACGAAUCCCUUCCUGAACCUAGGAUUUGUGGUAUUUUUCUCCCUGACGACGUACUUCUACUUCUAUUCCAUGGUCGCAGAUCCUGGGUAUGUGCCAAAACUUGGCAGCAGGAAUGAACAGCGAGCAGUGAUUGGCCAGCUGUUUGAGGAGUGGAAGUUUGAUGAGGAGAAUUUCUGCGUAUACUGCAUGAUUCGAAGGCCUCUGCGUAGUAAACAUUGCAGGCGCUGCUCGCGGUGCGUUGCAAAGCAUGAUCAUCACUGCCCCUGGAUUGAUAACUGCGUGGGUGUCAAUAACUUGCGGCAGUUUGUUCUGUACAUUCUCUGCUUGGAAAUUGGUAUUAUUUUGUUCCUGCAUUUGACUUUCAACUAUAUUAAUGGAUUGCCCGCCCCGGCGGAGCCAAUCUGCAAUAUUCUGAAUGACCAGAUCUGCAGCUUUGUGCUUCGAGACACCUUUACGCUUCUCCUUGAUGUUUGGAUAGCUAUUCAGCUGGUCUGGGUGACUAUGCUCGGCGUCGUUCAGCUCGUUCAGGUGUCUCGGAAUCAGACGACGUACGAAAACAUGCGAGGACACUCGUUGGAUCGAGGCCAUUCCAGCACACGAGCUUUUGCUUCUGCCGUCACAGCAGGUACUACGUCCCUCGACGCGGCUGGUCUCUCAGCUUCUGGCCAAGGCCCGAAUCCAGCGUUGGCGCAAGGCGGACAUCGGCACCGGGGUGGCUGCUUGAAGCAGUGGUCAUCCCUCCUCGGUUUCGAUACGUUCUUCGCAACCGCGCGGGAUGGUCUCCGAGACGGCCCCCGUGCCGCACGACCGAGAAACCCUUUCUCACGCGGCAUCGUUACCAAUUGCCGGGACUUUUGGUGCGAUCCGGCGCCAUACUUUGGCAAACGGGAACCUGGCUCUGCCAUGCUGGGCGGCGAAAUUGUCAACUAUAACCGGAUGUAUGAGACCCCGUCACGGAUGUAUAGUAGCGGCGAUUACCGUAGCGUGGCAUACGAUGAAGCGGCAGACAUCGUUUAG